UUGAGAGAGAGAGAGAGAGAGAGAGAGAGAGAGAGAGAGAGAGAAAGAGAGGAAGUCUUAAUCUGAAAGGUUGAUGGAGCAACAGCUGAACCCAUUAGCUGUUACACAUCUUCUUCAACAAACUUUGAGAAGCUUGUGUAUUCAUGAAAACUCUCAAUGGGUUUAUGCUGUUUUCUGGAGGAUCUUGCCUAGAAAUUACCCACCACCAAAAUGGGAUUUGCCAGGAGGAGCCUAUGAUAGAUCAAGAGGAAACAGGAGGAACUGGAUACUAGUAUGGGAAGAUGGGUUCUGCAAUUUUGCAGCUUCAAUGGCCGAGAUUGAUUCUGGUGAUUUGCCAAGCUCAUCAGUAUAUGGGAAUAACUAUGAAUUCCAACACCUCAAAGGCCUGCAACCUGAGCUUUUCUUUAAGAUGUCUCAUGAAAUCUACAACUAUGGAGAAGGUUUGAUUGGAAAAGUGGCUGCAGAUCACAGCCAUAAGUGGGUAUUCAAGGAACCAAGUGAUCAAGAAACAAACUUCUUGUCUGCAUGGCAUAACCAAGGAGACUCAUAUCCAAGGACGUGGGAAGCUCAAUUCCAGUGUGGCAUUAAGACCAUUGCUUUGAUUGCAGUCAGAGAAGGUGUAGUUCAAUUAGGAGCACUUCACAAGGUGAUGGAAGACCUGAACUAUGUUGUUCUACUGCGAAAGAAGUUCAGUUAUCUUGAGAGCAUUCCUGGUGUCCUCCUACCACAUCCAUCAUCUUCAGCAUUCCCCUUCAAGGUAGAAGGAUGUAGUUCAGCAGAAACUUGGCCCGCCAAUGUGGCACUAGCUUCACCAGCAAUGACUACAACAGAAUUUUACAAUCAGUAUGGUCAGCCAAUAAAGAUCACUCCAUCCAUGAGCAGUCUUGAAGCACUUCUAUCAAAGCUCCCAUCUGUAGUACCUUCACCAUCCCUAUCCUCCUCUGGAUACUGUGAAUCAACACCGCAGCAGCUUCUAUCAUUACAUCAACCGUCAUCCUCGUCCCGAUACUGUGAAUCAGCUCCUCUACAACUUCUAUCCUCACAACAGCCAUUGGAAUUGAUGGGAACACAGAAGGUGGCCAAGGAAGAGAUCGACGAGGAAUGUGGACAAGGGAGAGAGAUAAGCGAGAGUAGCUGUUCAAUGUCAUCAUAUUAUCACCAUUAUUCUCGUCAUAAUUGUUAUAAUCAGCAACAACAUUACCAUCACGAUCAACAACCCAACAAGGAACUCUAAAUGAUUCCUGGAUUGCAUAAACAAGUUGCCCAUCCAUGUCUAACCUGUGGUUCUAAUUUUAGCCUCAUAGUUUU